UUUUUGAUUGCCUGAAUACAGUAGUUGCUUACCGUGAAUCGAAGCGUUCGAUGACUACUUCUCUGAGCCAAGAGGAGAAGGAUUGGCCUUCAACGUGUAACAAAGCCAAAGAGUCUUAUGAAGAGUGUUUCUUUCACUGGUACAGAGAGUCUUUUCUAAAAGGAGUGUCCGAAAAUCCUUGUGAAGACUUGUGGAAGGCUUAUGAGAGCUGUGUGAAAAGCUUGGCCUCUUCUAGAAAACUCGAACACUUGUUGACCUCCGAGUGGAAUCUCGACCAAAGUAAAGGUGAAUAGCUGACGCUGUAGUUGAGCUUAUGACAGAUUGAAUCUUCUGAGUUGCAGUCGGGUAGUCCUUUCGGAUAAAGUACUUUGACAAGGAAACUUUGCCAGAAGAUGACCAAAAUAAGGAAUCAAUAGUUAUUCGGAAGGCAAUAGCUUGAUAUAAAAUAAAUUGUGUGAAACAAAUUGUUGGCCAAUUCUGGCAGUGAGGUACACAAAGUGUAAUAGAACCGUUGCUGUUG